GUGUGUACGUGUGUGUGUGCCCACGUCAUCGAUAGUCCCAAAACUUGGGCGGCGCGAGCCCUGUUACCGGACGGACGAUUUCAAUUUCACAACAAACUUUGUUCAGUCAACCGGGGUUUGAUGUCGCCUCACAAUGAACGAUAGGAAUCUCAGUGUGUCUCACAAUGAGGCAGUAGAGGCCUGGGUCCAAAUGUAAUGGCCACACUUAAGACCAGCUGGCUUCUGUCCAUAUUUGUGGUCAACCUGCGAAAUUGCUUUGCGCUAGCAGUUUCUGCAGGUCCUCCAGUUUCCCCCUUUCCUCCUGAAUGCUAUUGCCCAUGUGAUGAGAAAAACUGUUGGGUAUAUAUCUACUGUACUUGGGACAAAAGGCAGGAACCUCAGAACACGACUUACAGCCUGCACUGGAAGCGGGCGAAUAGCAAGGAGGGUCAUGUGAUCAGCGAGACCAGUUUUAAUGCUUCGAUUGCUCGUGAACAUUUCUCCAGCCACGAUGAGCUUCGUGUUUGGGUCCAGGCUGAGAACCAGUACGGUUCUGUCAAAUCUGAGGAGGUUGUGUUCAAUACAGCAGAUAUCAUCAAGCCACCCCCUCCUCGCAUCACAUCGAUCCUUCAGGACAGUUCAUCGUUAGAGAUAGAGUGGCCCCACCCCUGUGCGCGGCCGGAGACCCCUUUGGGACCCUGUGAUAUUCGAUAUCGGACUGAGGAAGACCAACGCUGGUUUGAGGAGGAUAAAUAUUUUAACCGCUAUGAAUUCGUCAGUCACCAGCCCUGUACAGCCUAUGAAUUUCAAGUUCGCUGUGCAUGCGUCACAGGCCUGAAGAGUUACUGGAGUGCAAUCGAAAAAAUCCACACACUGACAGAUCCUGUUGGAAAGCUGGAUGUUUGGAGGGACUGUGGGGUGACCCCUGCAAGCUUCGACUGUGUUUUGAUAUGGAAGACACUUCCUAUGUCUCAGGCUUGUGAUCUCAUUCUGGGGUAUGAAGUCAAACUGUUUUACCCUAAUGGUACCACAGUGUUAGUGAAUGUGUCCAUAGCUGAGCCAAGGGGCCAGUUAGUGUGUGAUGAAACGCGAUGCCACCUGAAUUCCUCUCUAAAGGAUGCAACCUCAGUCAAUGUAUCAGCCUACAAUGCUCUUGGUGCUACGGAGCCUUCUAAACUCACUUUGGCAAUACCAGGUAUUAAUAUAAAUAAACAAGAUGUUCACCUCAAGAUAAAUGAAGAAAACGUCACUGUGUCCUGGGAUCUGCCCUCCAUUUCUCUGAAAGACUUGAAAGAAUAUGUGGUGGAAUACAAACAAGCAGGAUGUCCACCAGGCCAAGGGUUUGAUUGGGUCAAAGUGAACAAAAGCCAAAGAACUGCAAUUUUUAAAGGUCAAUUUAAAAAAUACACACCCUACCAAAUAUCAGUGUUCACAGUAUUCAACAGCAAGGAAGUCCACCACCUUUUCACAGAUAUUGGAUAUUCUCUUGAACGAACCCCCUCCAAAGUGCCAUCAUUUAAAGUGUUUUCCAUUGACACCACUGAUGUGACUCUGAUUUGGGAGCCCGUUCCCCUCGACGAGCAGAAUGGGGUGAUCCUUUACUACCAAGUAGGAGUAGACAGAGAAAAAGUGUACAAUGUGGGUACAAAUAGGACAUAUAAGUUGCUGGGUCUCAGUCCAGGACAGGAGUACGAGGUGUGGAUACGAGCUGUGACUUCAGCUGGACCUGGAGAAAAUGCCACUGCGAGGUUCAAAACAGUCGAAUCUUACGCGUACCUUCCUGUCCUGCUGACAGUUUUGUCUCUGGUUGGAAUAUGCAUUAUUCUUGUUUCAGUCUGUACUUGUCGAGGAGUAAACAAAGGGUGUUCACUGGGGCCUCCGUGUUACUGUGAUAAAGUGCCAGAUCCUCGUAAUAGCUACAUUUUCAGAGAUAUGAAACACCAGAUUAAUGACCCCAUGACUUGUAGCUGCAUCGCCAUUCAGGAGCAACAUCCCAAGAUCUCUCUGUUGGAGGUUUUGGAAACUUCGCCGGGGGCUUCGACGAGCUCCCUGGAGGAAACCUCAGAAACUGAGAGAUUAACUAGGCCAUUGGUUGGAGAUGGGAGCUCCCAGAUGGACUUCCAAGAUGAUCAGAGGGAGAAAGCUGUCAUAGAGGAGUGUCACAGGACUGACCACAAAUAUGGAAGAGAGGCGUACAGCAAAAUGGUUGACUCCGAUGAGGAGAGGGACAAGGAGGAGGAGGAUUGUUGGAGCUCAUCAGACGAUGAACCCUGUCGAUCAGGUUACGAGAAGCACUUCAUGCCCACUGUUUUGGAAAUACUGGAAGUUUCAUGAUGUCUCCGUGUUGACUCGUGGACAAUCUUGGAUGUGUGUUUUAAUACUUGAAAUGUGCAGAAAUGUUUCAGAAUGACCUGGACAGCCUCUCUCUGCAGGAGAUCAGACUCAGGUCAUUGGAGAGAUUUGUCAGCUUAAACUAAUGAUAGCCAGUCCCUCUCUCUACGCUGGCUUCCACCUUUUGCAUUAGUUUAUUUUGGUAUUUGAUGAGUGUUUGUUUCACCAGAUAGUGUUCACUUUUCCUAUUUCAGCUUCAUCCACCCUCUUAUGUUAAGCCUGUAGAGUAGUAAGAGUAGUAUUUUAAGAGAUUUUGUUUUUAAUCCACACAUUGAGCCAGACUAGAGCCCCAAUAUGCAGAUGUAUGCAGAGCUAGGAAUUAUUUGUCACUGAUAGUGAUAGAACCCUCUCAUAUACAUCAUCAUAUUUAUAAGCACAAUACAAAAUACUUAAGUCUGUGAGGAAUGUUAGAAGCACAGUAGUAGUCAGUAUUUACUCCCAGAUGAGCUUAAAUGUUUCAGCAAUGUCCCGAUAACCUGUAAAUUGAUUUAAAAACUACAAAGCUAUAAGAAAUCUCAGGUGCUAUGUUAUUUCACCAUUUAGGAAAAUGAUCCUCACCUGUAUUUUUUUUUGUUUACAAUGUUGCACCUUAGACUUUUUAAUGAGCAAAAUGAACAUUUGUCAUGUGUACAAAUGUUGCACGUGGUUAAAUAAACUAUUUUAAUAAGG